GCUCUGCAUGCGGAACCAAAUACAGCACGCUUUGUUUCUCAGGGUGCUUGUUUUAGUAGUUGCACACAGUCGUCGCGAAACCGCAUGUGUAUGAUUCUGUUUGUAACUCAACGCUUCUAUAAGCAUCAAACGUUCGUGCUUUGUUUCUGAAAUAUAUAGCCACAUACUGCCGAGAUGAAGCUGUUAACGCAUAACAUGUUAACAUCCCACGUGAAAGGUGUGACUAAAGGAUACCCACUUAUUAUCAAGGCAACAGAAGUGAAAGUGAAUGAGUUGGAGUUCAAUGCUCAGUUUGUGAGCCGGAUGAUUCCUAAGCUGGAGUGGAACGCAUUGAUCCAGGCAGCAGAAUGGCUCGGACGAUCUCAAGACCUGCCCAGCACUCUCAUACCAAACUAUGAAAAUGAUGAGGAGUUCCUGCAUAAAGUUCACAGAAUUCUUCUGGAGGUUGAGGUUAUAGAGGGAUGUUUACAGUGUCCUGAAUCUGGCAGAGAGUUCCCCAUCUCCAAAGGUGUUCCUAACAUGUUACUCAUUGAAGACGAGUAGAUCAAGCUGCUACACGCGUCCCAGAAGAAAAGAUACUGAAUAUCAGACCCACAUUUAUUUUAGAAACUUUCGGGGGGCCAUUUUUAUUCAAAGGAUAAUGGAGAGAAACAUAAGACCAUAAUUCACAAGUUAUUCUGAUUUACACAGUCAUGUUCAACUACUGUCUCCAAACAUGUGGUUGCUUUGCAUUUGGUUGCUAUGAGAAUUUUCUUUUUGUUGUUUCUGUCAUUGUAAAUUGUGCUUUGUAAA